AUGUCUGACUCAUUAAUUGCAUUAGCUCGAAAGGCUAGAUUUACUGACCUUCCCAGUUUCUCCGGACAACCAUCAGAGGACGUCGAACAAUUUCUGAGGAGUAUCAAGAACCUAACAAAGAGUGAUACGGAAAUCACCGAUGCUCAGCGGUUGGAAAUUGUUCGAGGCAAAUUAACCCAGACGGUCGGUAAAUGGUUCGACGAUAAUGACUUUCAAACAUGGUCAGAAUUUGAAACAGAAUUUCGAAAUCGAUAUUCCUCAUCCACGCAAUCUCAACUUAGAUUCGAUCAGUUAUUACAACGAAAACAGGAGCCAUCUGAAUCCGUUGCCA